UUCAGUUUUGUCGAGCUGCUCUUGCCGCGCGCGUACCGUCGCACUGAUCUGAUCCGAAUGAUGGUCACCUUCAUCCCGUCUCGGUGGCUGAAAAUGGCUACCGAAAACCUGCGUCAGCCCCUUUUUCAAAUCAAGAACAAGCCACGAGAGCCCAGAAAUUCAGACUCACCCAACCAAGGUGAUAACGAAUGACAUGCCUGAUGACGAGGAUCGAUUCAAUCUCGCCGCAUCACUUCCAACUCGUGGAUAAGAUCAACCGAUGCUUGAGGAAGAGGAGGAGGAGGAAAAGGAUACCCGUAUCUCGAUCCGACCGUUUAACGGCCUGCAACGACGGUUCGGUUUCGGGUGACUUAAGCCACUCGAAAGAUCGUCGGGUGCGUCAGGGAAUAAUUAUUACGCACGGUCUGCGGCUGAGUGACGGCACACUGACAGCAGGACACAUCCGACACACGAAGAGGAAGGCUGGCUCUGGCCUCUUUGCACGGAAACUUCAUCGGCAAGAAACUUAACGAAGUCCACCUGCAGGGGCGCGGAUUAGUUUCUUUCUGGCCAUCAAACGGAAAGGUUUGCUCCUCGAAUUAGUUACCAGAACUCACAAGUCGCAGACUGCUGUCUGUAGCUGGAAUGAGUUGAAAUUUUAGUGCUUUUGUCAAGCCUUGGUUCAUGUCACUCGUGGGACGUUUUCGACGCUACGAAAAAUCACGAUCCAUGGUUACUGCCGGUGAAACUCAGGUCUGAGAAGGACCUUGGUCUUGAUAUUACGACGAAUGUUUUCACCAGGGUGCAAUAACGCGUAGCCAGUUCUUGCGCAGUCGUAGAAAUAGAGAGUGUACUGCGUUAAUAGUCCAUCGCGUCUUUCAGACGUUGAUAUCAAGAACGAGGGGAACGAGUGGUGCGCGAUAAAUGCUCGGAUGAUCAAGUGCUGCGAGACCAUCUGCCCGAAUGACGUCGAGUGCGAGCACAUUCAACUCGUCGGAGGUGACAUGGGCGUCCUGAUUCCAAAUGCUUCCAGAAACGUGACUCUUGUUUGGCCGACUCUUGCGGGGGGGUCGCCCUGGUGUACCGCGGUGACGUAAUACCGGUAGUUAUCUUGAUCCUGCGGACUGGGCGGAGCCGUCUCGCACCAACCAGCACACCAGUUUGUGUGCUUCUGCCACCACCAUGGCCAAACAUAUUAUCACUAAACACCACCUACACCGAGCGAAUAAAAACCCUGGGGGAAUUCGAACGGAAGGAAGACGACGACCCACACAGCCAUCAUCGCACGUGGUCGCAUGAUCGCGAUCCUCGACGCCAUCAUGGGUUGUACGAGUUGCUGGCGUAGCAAUAUUUUGAAAACCGUUUUUCCUGGUGACGUGGAAGCUUUUUACUAUUACCGAUCCUUCUCAUUCAUUUCCGACGUUGAAUCAAUGCUCAGAAAUUGUUUAACUUGUUGCCACCAUGCAUGGUAAGGUAUCGUCCGUCAGACGAUCGUGAGACUUGGCUGAUUUAUUAUGCAGUACCUUCAUGACCGUGUCGGGGAAUGCAUGAUCGCGAUCGGUUACACAACUAAGGACAAUCAGACUGGCGAGAUACGUCAGAAGGUUAAAUUCGACACCGGCGUAUCAUCGAGAUCAAACGUACGUCCCGUUCUUCAAGGAUACUACGACAGAGGUGAAGCCAGGAAGUGUCCUACCGUCGAUCUAGACACUCUGGAUGACUGUCGUCCGGUUAAUUGUCACAUAAAGUACCACGGGAAGAGAAACUUCUUUAACCGUCGGCACCGGCGGUGCCAGCCAGUUCCAGUUUGUAUCGCUGAUACGAAUAAAGAACUGCCUGACGUUGCCUACGUGCCGGCUAGCAACACCUGUCGAGAUUUGGAGAACGCGGUGAACGAAGUUGAAGUUCGCGCCCUGAGUCGAGGAACAGCGGAGACGGCUUGGAGGUCGGAACCGCGGCCAUACUUAUCGAACAUAUACUGCCAUCACGGCAAGACCGACAAUUCUACGGGUUUCUGUAUCUGCCAUGAAGGAUGGACCUCAAAAUCGGUGGACAACCUGGAUCCGAGCACCGAGCUGAUCCAUCUCUGCAACGUUCAGAUGCUUCCGUGGCCGCGUUUGAGAGCGAACAGACUUAAAAUCAUCCUGACGGUCAUUGCAGCUCUACUCGGGAUUCUCGUAGUUCUCUUCUGCUGCGCGACGGCUUACGUUAUGCGGAGGCAAUCUUCUUCCGGGGAAAACUCCGACUGCGGAAAUCGGCCCGUGACCACAUCCUGUGCUCCGAGUUCAACCAGGUCUGAAGGUAGCUGUUUUUACGAUCGACCGUACAAACGACUCGGCAGGAAAACCUGCUCCGAUACGUCUUGUCACACCCAUAGUCUUGUGCGACACUGAAGCUGCGUCAACCGGCUCGUCUCAUUGUUAUUUUAUUAUUUAUAUACGACACACUGGGAAAUGAUGAUAUCAAUUAUUUAUAUUAUUAUUUAUAACAAGCUGUCU